ACUAGCCAAGAAAUGAAAAAAGGUAAUCCUAAAUUCGGGAAAAGAGCGGAAAAUUUACUCAAAAAACUGCAACAGUUACUGAAAGGAGACAGUGAAGAGCCACAGCCUGAUCCUGUUACAGCAGAAGAUUUUCUCGUACAAGGCUCAAUAGAUGAAGAAAGUGGUGAUCGUUGGUUGGGUUCUGACUUAUCUAAAUCAUUACGCUUUUAUCAAAAGGCAUACAGUUCGUAUUUGAAGUCAAUUGAGUUGUCAACUCCCACAGAUGAUUCAUUGCUUGACUCUUAUUACAAUUCAGCAAGAUUAUUGUUUCUGGUUUAUUCGACAUACUUCAAACAUGGCGAUGGGAUAGAUGUGGAAGAUUUGACUAAUGUGGAUGAAGUCUUCAAUGCUCGACCAAGUGUGGCUCAAGAAUUACCUAAUAUUGUAAAUGCCCACGAACAAGCUAUGCAAAUUGCUAGAUCAUUAGGUAAGAAGAUUCCAUUUGAUUUGUUGUUUAAUACUGCGGUAGUAUACACUGAGUUGGUGGAAGUUGAACAAGAAAACCCCGAUAGUGAUUUUAAUUACUUGAUUGACAUAUUCUUGAAGAUUAAGGAGAUUUUAUUGACAUUAAUGGAGGCACAAGUGACCGAGUUGGAAAACUUUGUUAAUGAAUUGACCCAGAUUAAUCCUGUUUCUUCUUCUGUUCAAGUUACUCAUACUUCAAGCGAAGCAGAAAAGCAAGAAGAACUAGUCAGCGAAGAAAUUGUCCAACCGGUCGAUCUAUACGAAACUGUGAUUGCAUCCUACAAGGCUAUUGAAGCAUUGUAUGAAAAUGUUACCAACGAGCAACAUUUAAUUCAAGUAAAUACUAUAAUAUUGCCAUUGCUUGAAACAACUGAUAGAUUAUCACAAGGCCUUAUUGAAAAAUUCAGUGAUAAUUCACCAAGUAAGAAUGAAAUGUUGGCCAACAUAUCUCAAGAGCAAAUUAAUCAAUUGGUUCUUAAUAAAACUGUUCUUGUUGGGUUAUCAAGUGAUGUCAACCAUGUGCUUGAAAUAUGGCUGAACUCCGAGCUCCCCGAUGUGGCUGAACGAUACAUGAUUGCAUCGGACAAUAUCCAAACCAUAAUUGAAAGAAACGAUAUUGCGAUUGGCCAAGACAAGGAACUAUUUUGGAAAUGUCUUUCCCAACAAUCGCAAUUAUUAAAACGUGCCCAAGAAAUAUUGAAUGAGACAUAUAUUGCAAGAAAGAAAGUCCCAUCAGGUAUUGAACAAGGAUUGGGAACGUUGAUUUGUCAACUAAGUGAAAUAAUGAUUGCUCGUGCUGAUAUUGAAUUACAACGAAGCUCAAUUUCAGGUUUAGAGGCAUCGGAAAGAAACCGAGAUGUUCUUUUACAAAAUGUCAAGAACUUACUAAAGAGUGCCAUGAAUAUCGCCAAUUCAAAUGGUGGAUUACGUGAACGGGUUAGUGAAAAGUUGCAACGGGAUAAGAAGAAGUCAGAAGCGGUAUUUAGAUUGUGUCUUGUUGAGAAUAAAACUACCAUUGAUGAACUCGACAAAAUCAUGACUAGAAGACGAUGGGUUAAAGAGGUUCCUGGUAUCCAGAAGUUGGGAUAUUAUAAUCAAUUCGGUGUACAAAACUUACACCAAUAAAAACCAUUAUACAUUUAAAAAUCCUAUACACAAUAACCAUAAAUAAAACAUCUAUAUCUAAAAAUAAUAAUCAUACAAACUCAGGCAUUACCGGCACAUCAGUCAAAUUAUUAGCCCAAGCUCUAUCAGCAGAAUAGUUUUCCAGUUCAGGAGUGCAUCGUGAUGCUUCAAAUAUUGAACUGUCGAUAUAUUGUAUAGUUAGCGAAGGGUUUCUUGACCCAUGAACUAUCAUUUGUAGGAGAUUGAUCUUGAUAAGAUAUAUAAACCAUAGUAUUAUCUUCAUUUUUGUCUACUGUUAUAUUGUUGACAUUGGAUGCAAGUAAACGGCUCUUAGCUAAGGGGUUUUAUAGUUUGUAAAAUUAAUUGAUGAUUUCUAAGCAUGGUUCCCGUAGCAACCACGUUUUUUUUUUGUUUUUCUUUUGAUUACAUCACAGCCACUAACGGGGCCAGACUCUAUUAAAUU